UGUUCUAUUGGCCACAUUAAGUGGUGGCACAGGACUUUCAAGAGACAGUUUCAAGUACCUCUAAUCUCCAUACGUGUUCUUGUUUGCUUUGGUGAUGUCGAAUAAUUAUACAGCGUGAAAAUACAGACUGAUGGUUCGCUAACGUAGUUCUGCAAGACUUCCUUGAUGAUACGCCGAUAUUUUUUAGAUCUGGAUAAAAGCCUACAUAGUUCAACAAAAUGGCGAACGCUGUGACCGACCCGGAGAUCGUCCCCAGGAGCGCGUGGCACGCCAGACCGGCCAAACAGGCGGAUCCCAUCAUCAGCCCGGUUCCCUACGUGGUGAUCCACCACACUUUCAACCCCCCGGCGUGCAACACCACCGAAGAGUGCCUGUCCGCCAUGAGGUGGAUGCAGGACUUCCACCAGUUCAACAGGACGUGGUGGGACAUCGGGUACAACUUCGCCGUCGGCGGGGACGGGAAGGUCUACGAGGGCAGGGGGUGGUUCACGAUAGGGGCGCACGCUCCUAGAUACAACAGUAUCAGCAUGGGGAUCAGCCUGAUAGGGGACUGGACAGCUUCGCUGCCCCCGGAGCGCCAGCUGGCGGCGGCGCAUAAGCUCAUCGCCAUGGGCGUCCGAGAGGGGCACAUCGCCGAGGACUACCACCUGGUGGGUCACAGGCAGGUGAGGGAAGGCACCGAGUGUCCGGGAGAGGUGCUCUACGAGGAGAUAAAGAAGUGGCCACACUACGACCCUCACCCGGACUACGUGGACUUGUUGAAGAAGAAGAAGGGAGACGGCUCCAAGGCGACGCCGCCCGACGAACACAACAGGCUGCAGAAGGGGACGGCGCCCUUCAUCAGCAAGCUGCUUUAGUUAGUACAAAUUAAGUGGGAAAAUGUAACCGAAGCUUCUUCUGAUCAAAACAGAGAAAAAUGCUUAUGUAGCCUUACGGAGUUUUUGAGAAAGCCAAAUACGGUUAUAAGCUUAUUUUUGACAUAAAGCAAUGGGGUUGCUAAGAACACUUCAAAUAGUUUUUUCUCUUGCUUAUACGAGAACUUGAGAAAAGUAGACAUAGGUUUUAAAGAAUAAAAAUAUUUAGUUUAGUUACAAAUUCAACAAAACAAUAAAAAAGAAGUUUGAUUAGAACAGAAUAGCUCAAAAUAUGCAUUGUGUACAUUAAAUCUGCUGUAAAAUAUUAAAAUGAAUUUAUUAUUCUCAAGAAUUGUCCAUCUUAUCGAUAAACAAGAAUUUGUUACAGAAUAUAGACAUUCCAAAAAACAUGGUUUAAGGUAUUCUUGGCGAUCUCUAAGUUUUCCUCCAUGUCAAGUUUUAUUGACAUAUUUUAAAAAGUGACACAACUACCGUAAACAAAUUAAAAAAAAACCCUUGGUACCUUUCUAAGCAAGCAUUUUGGUACUGAGGAACCCUCAAUUAAUUGAUUCUUUGUCUUGGUUAGAAAAAACUUUGCUGUUUUUUUUAAAUACGAUGCCCUGUACAGGGUGAUCCAUAAUUCUCUUUUUAUUGCAUAUUUGUCUUUAUACACAAGUAAAAAGUACUGCGGAAUCAGAAUAUACUAUCAGAAAAACACCUGAACAUUAAUUAAAAAAAAAUAUCGCAGAGAAAUAAUAAUCAACAAAAUAGAAAUUUUAUAAGGCAAUAUCGAGAAGUCGGAAGUUGAGCAAAUGUGUCUUUGGAAAAUUUUAUUUGCAAAAAAAAAUUCAAGAUGUUUUUUUCUCAAUAAAUUCAGUUUUUCGUCGAUGUUCAGCUGCUUUGCAUCUAAUCGUACGCUAUGAUUCCAUUGUACUUUUUACAUUCGACUACUGUCCGGAACAUUUUCAAAAUUGCAAAACUUUAAAAAUUUUAAAAAAUACCUAUUUUAUCUGAGUUUUUUACUUAUAU